CUAGGCAGGAAGCAGUCUGCAGGGAGUACUGGGAGUAUGUGUUCGUUUGCGAGAGUGGGGUCCCCCAAACCUUUGCAAACUUCAGCUUCUCCGUUAGAGAUGAGUUCCCUGAGAAGGACGAGAGCACCUGAAAUCUCGGAACUUGGACUCACCGCAGAGCAAAAGGACGAUAUAAGAGACAGGGUACUUAGGGGAUCAAAAUCUCCCACGGAGCUGGGGUUCGAAUUGAGACUAGAACAAGAUCGAAGAUGGAGGGAGAGGAUGGCAUCAUCAGGAGCAAAAUCGCCACCUUGCCAUGCUCUUGGAGUGGGGUUAGAAAGACAUACUAUUUCUGGGACCCCCACAGAGAUGGGUAAUUUAGGACUCCACAGAGGUUCUGCCUUCCAGGGAUCAAAACCUCUGGGUGUGUUACCAGGAAGAGUGGGGCCAGAAAACAAGGGCCUUCCACCUUGCCUUCGCUACGGAGGGUCACUACACCCUCCUUUGGGCACAGUACAUGCAAGUCCACUGGCGGCAGAGAGCAUCAGGAGGCCUCUAGCCUGGGGUUCUGCCUGGACGGAUGCUGUAGUGGAAAAGCAACCUGUUGUAGGCUUGGAACUGAAAAAAGAUCUGGAAAAAGAACCCACCUGUGUCGCGGUGAACCCCUACACAGAGAUGCCCCCUAAGGAGGUAGACAUCGGGUUGCCACAAACCCAGGAAUCAGAUGAAGCCAAGAAUACAGAGCCUCUAAUAUGUCUAGUAAGAGAACCUUCUGAAUGUCCAUUUGCCCAACGACCGGAAGAGAAAAAGGAGCCGGUCAGCACCGAACCCGGAGUGGAGCCUCCAGGGAACAUCAGGCCCAUAUACUCAGGGAAAUUCUUUGAUCGGGUGCCUUGCUGGCCAAGUGCAGGAAAAGUUAAGCCAGUUGGCUACCGAGUUGCAAACUGUUUGACUGAGAAGCUUCCGAGGCUAAUGACUCCCCCAGAGGCAAAGAAGUAUUUCAACUUCAGAUAUCCACCUGCUGGAGCAGAAAGAGUAUUUUAUGGCAGAGCAAAUGACCCUCAAAUUGCACCUUAUUUGACACAUGGACUAAGAUCUAAAAUCUCAAUGCCGGUGGGCUCAUUGAUAAACCCACAGCCUAUUACCACGUUUCAACAGAAAGUUAAAGACAAAAAAGAAUCUAUAUAUUUUAGCCAUCAACGAGCACCAUUGGGAAAAUCUCAUGAUCAAACACCAGGAUUGCCUAAAGGAAUGGAUGUGAUCAACACAACAUUAGGGACACCGACUAUCAGAGAACUGUCUGUUCGUGACACUGUGAAUCCAUCAAAAUCCUUCGAAGAUGUGCUUAAAGAAGGACAGGAAGGACAUGAUUUGUACACCGUCUCUCACAAUGAUUAUUUUGCAGGAGAAGCAAAGAACCGAAAGUAUAACCCGGCAAGUUUCCAUAGGUUUAACUUGUACGGAAUCCCAACGCCUCACUCUAAUGAUGGGCGCACCAUGGCUAAAGCUUUACAUUGGCUCCAUGAACUACAAAUGGAAAGAGGAGCAAAAAUUGUGUCCAAAAGAGUUGAUGACUUCAGAGAGAAAUUUCAACACAAACUUGGAAAAGUUUUAGACCCCAUUGCAGAAACGAUGAAUGUUCCCCCAGGGCACACAUUUGGAAGUUGCCUCCAACCUGAGGAAUAUGGAGCUGGUGAUCUCAUCCAUUAUAGAGGUCCAGAUGAAUAUCUUCGUGGGAAGGACCACCAGAGAGCCCUGGUUGCAGCUGCUCGCCACCACUUGAAGAAAUUUAAUCACCAGCACUUUGACACUUUGCUGGGGGCUUUCAGGCACUAUGACAAGAAGGGAGAUGGGGUGAUUGACAGAGCAGAACUUCAUGAAGCUUGUGUCCAAGCCAACCUGCAUCUAGACAAGAUGCUCCUGGACCAUCUGUUUGACUACUGUGACGUGGACCAGGAUGGCUUGAUUAACUACCUGGAAUUUGCCAAUUUCCUUAACUGGAAAGACAGAAUACCUCUCACAGAGUAUGAGAAGAGAGUCGUUGUUAAAGGUAAAAAACCAGACUGUGAAAACGUUACUGAGACUAGCAUGGGAGAAGCUGAACCAAGUCUUCUGAUAAAUCCUGAAGACAUUGUCCCCAAAGAACCUGGAAGUUCAGAAGAGACUCUCCGGACAAUCCAGAGACCAGGUGACAAAGUUUCUCACCAGUAUAAGACAACGUCUUCUGAGAUCAACGCUGUUGUUGGAGCUGUUCCCUCGAUGUGUUACCCCAUCUAUGGCGUUCCAACCAUUCGAUCUGACAUCCCUGCUCCCCGGAUUCGUCGAGUCAGUGACAUGAAUAACUACGGCGACGAAGGCAAUGCUUACUCUCUGCUGCACCCCUCCAUCUUCUCCCAGAAAGGUGUAUUUGAGAGAGACUUCUUCAAGACCAGGUCAAAGGAAGAGAUUUCAGAUAUAUUAACUAACAUUGGAGUCAAGCUUUCUGAGGAAGAAUUUGAAAAUGUAUGGAAUCUUGCUUCAAAAAAACACCAGCGAGGAGAAGUUUGUGUUGAAACUAUCAGGAAUGUUCUAGAUGAGCUACUGCAUGCAGACCUCUUCAAGUGUAAAACGGCCUUGUAAUAUUUUUGGGAACUUACACAUUUAAGCAAAGCAGAUUAAAUCUAUAUUCAUCU